UUUAAGAGUUGGGGAAUCCUUCUCAGCUCCUUUGUCUAUGAAUGCGGCUAGCAGGGAAAGGACACUGGUCUUCGGUCUUCCAUUCCACAUCGUUAUUAAACCCACCAACUCCCGAGGAAAGGCCUGUAAAAUCUGGGGUCAUUCUUUUCCCGGGAAAAUUCUCAAACUUCACGUUGGCUGGUGAGGAAUUUCGGGACAGAGACUUUCAGUAUCUGCUCUGAAAGGGGUGUUGGUGGGUCCAAAUUGACUGAGGUCUGUCUAUUCAAGUGCCAACAUUGUUUUGGGAAUUUAUGAGCACGAGAUCCUGAGGCCGAUACAGGCGGGUCCAUUAGUUGCUUUUACUCGAGCAGGAGAUUUGUGGAUGGAUCGUAUCCUAAAAUUUUGUGUGCUGUUGACGCUUGUUGGACUAGCGGAUGCCUCUUUCACAAAACAUGAUUUUGGACGUUGUGAAGGAGCUGUUAGAAAUUGGGCGCACUCUUCACUUGACAAAGAAAUUAGAGAGGAUAAACACACACUAAGAGAUUUGCUAUUUUUCCUCCAUGUCCCAAGAACAGGAGGACGCACAUAUUUUCACUGUUUCUUGAAGAAGUUGUAUCCCAGCUCUCUCGAAUGCCCUCGUUCUUACGAUAAGCUGCACUUUGAUCCAAGCAAACCUAACUGCAGGCUUCUAGUUACGCAUGAUGACUUUAGCAUCACUUCAAAACUUCCAAGGGAGAGAAGUUCUGUGGUUACCAUACUUAGGGAUCCUAUCAGUCGUGUCUUUAGUACUUAUGAAUUUUCAGUAGAGGUUGCAGCUAGAUUUUUGGUGCAUCCAAACUUGACAUCUGCAACUCGUAUUGCUGGACGCAUGUGCUCUAAGACUAAAGGCGUAAGUACACUUGAUAUCUGGCCCUGGAAGUAUCUGGUUCCAUGGAUGAGGAAAGACCUGUUUGCCAGGAGGGACUCAAGGCAAAGUAGGGGGUUACCUAUCCCUAAGAGCAAUGAUUUCUAUGACAUGGAAGAAUUUGCAAUGCCAUUGCAUGAAUUCAUCAAUCAUCCCGUGGCUGAGGAUAUUGUACAUAAUGGGGCCACAUUCCAGGUUGCAGGUCUGACAAACAAUUCUUAUGCAGCAGAAUCACAUGAAGUGCGCCAUUGUGUACAGAAGUAUAAGAUUCUUGGCAAGUACGUGCUUCAAGUUGCAAAGGUAAAGAGAUUAGAUGACAUGUUAUACGUUGGUCUGACUGAGGAGCACAAAGAAUCUGCCUCCAUGUUUGCAAACGUUGUUGGGGCUCAGGUGAUAUCACAGCUGAGAGCACCAAAUGCUAGCAUGACUAGUGUUGAUAACAUAGGGCAUAGUUCACUAUCAAAUUCUGAACCCGAUAACUUUGAACAUCAGAAUAGCACCUUAAACAGCAGAGCCAUUGAGACUUCUUCCAGUGAAGCAACAGAAUCAAAAAUGACUGUGGGAGACCUCACGGAAGCUUAUGAAGACUGUAUUUCUAGUUUACGAAAGGCCCAGACUCAACGACGCUUCUUUUCUUUGAAGAGAAUAUCCCCAGUGAACUUCUCAACGGAGGCACGCCUUCAGGUUUCUGAUGCGGUUCUUCAGCAGAUACGAUCUCUUAAUGACCUUGACUUAGAGCUCUAUGAGUAUGCAAGAGAUCUUUUCUCCAAUCAACACAAAAAUGUGUUACAGAAACUUACUGAGGAAAGAUGGGAAAACAUAUCAAUCAUGACGAACUGGAAGCUUCUUCCUUCAAUGAUCACACUUGUCUUCCUCCUUUCGUUCUCUCUUACAGUAAAUAUGAGAAGAAGAAUGUUGAAGGUUAAGAUGUGAAUGUUAAUUGAUGGUAACUUGUGAAAAUGAAAGGUGGGUUGAUGCUUCU